AUGAACAAACGAAUCUGCCAUAACCAUGGCAACGUUAUCGACACCAGCGAUUUAGUUGUUUGGUUCGGUGACUUAAACUUCAGGCUAUUCAUGGAUCCGGUGGUCAUGAAGACUUUAGCAAAUCCGCAGAACGCUUUAGACAAAGAUUUACAAAUUGGACUUCAACAGUUCGAUCAGUUGAAAAGGCUUUUGCAGAAAGAAUUUAUUUUCCCGGGUUUCAAAGAAGGCGCUAUCAAAUUUCCACCUACCUACAAAUACCAACUUGGGCUCGACAUAUACGACAUCCGAAAGCAGCGGUAUCCUGCUUUUACGGAUCGAAUUCUUUACAAAACCAAUGCUGAAGAGAGCCCGCAGUGUAUCGCUUACAAUAGCGUUCAAAAAGUACGAAUUUCUGACCACAGGCCAGUCUAUGCGUUGCUGAGCGUGAAGCUAAAGCCCGGCAUAUACAUGUACGUUUUGUCUACUUUUAGGAAAAAUUGA